GUUGAUUUUUUACAUAAGGGAGGGAAACUUUCUACGUAACGUAAAUUUUUCUUAACUUUUCCUCAAUUUUCUGGUCUGUACACUUUCCGUUGCAACGCAUGGACACUUUUACUAGUACUCAUAAAGCUAUAAGCUGCUUCUCAAAAUUUUAAGUCAGAAUUGGGGGUGGAAUAGGAGCGAAUUGAAAAAUAAAACAGGAAAAUAGAAGUAGGAAGUAGAAACGGAAGAGAAACAGAAAAAAAAAAAGGAAAAAAAGGGACGUGGGAACGAGAUCUGAGACUAAGACGCUCGAAUUAGGCUACCGAUAAUUUACCCACUUGAAGGAGGUCGCCGCCGGCGAGGUCAUGGGUGGCCUCUCCAUGGACCAGGCCUUCGUGCAGGCCCCCGAGCACCGCGCCAAGCCGUCCGUCGCCGAGGCCGACGGCAUCCCGGUCAUCGACCUCUCCCCUCUCUUCGCCGCCGAUGGGGUGGACGUGGACGCGCUCGCGGCCGAGGUCGGGAGGGCGAGCCAGGACUGGGGCUUCUUCGUGGUGGUGCGCCACGGCGUGCCGGAGGAGGUGGUGGCGAGGGCGGCGGAGGCGCAGAGGGCGUUCUUCGCGCUUCCGCCGGCGCGGAGGGCGGCCGUGGCGCGGAGCGAGGCGGCGCAGAUGGGGUACUACGCGUCCGACCACACGCAGAACGUCAGGGACUGGAAGGAGGCGUUCGACCUCGUCCCAACACGCCACCCGCCGCCGCCGCCGCCCGCCGGGGUGCUCGACAACAAGUGGCCCGACGACCUGCCGGGAUUCAGAGAAGCAAUGGAGGAGUACGGCGAAGCGGUGGAGGAGCUGGCGUUCAAGCUGCUGGAGCUGAUCGCGAGGAGCCUCGGCCUGAGACCCGACCGCCUCCAUGGCUUCUUCGAGGACCACCAGACCACCUUCAUCCGCCUCAACCACUAACCUCCCUGCCCGAGCCCCGACCUCGCCCUCGGCCUCGGCCACCACAAGGACGCCGGCGCGCUCACCGUCCUCUACCAGGACGCCGUCGGCGGCCUCGACGUCCGCCGCCGAUGCGACGGCGAGUGGGUGCGCGUCAGGCCUAUCCCUCAGUCCUUCAUCAUUAACGUCGGCGACAUCAUCCAGGUGUGGAGCAAUGACAGGUACGAGAGCGCGGAGCACCGGGUGGCGAUGAACGUGGAGAAGGAGAGGUUCUCCAUGCCAUUCUUCUUCUACCCGGCGAGCUACACCAUGGUGGAGCCAUUGGAGGAGAUCGUGAGUGAGGAGAGCCCGGCCAGGUACAAUCCCUACUGCUGGGGCGAAUUCUUCAGCACCAGGAAGAAUGGCGACUUCAAGAAGCUGGACGUGGACAACAUCCAGAUCGCGCAUUUCAGGAAGAAAGCGCUAGUUCAUAUUCAGUAAAUACAUUCAGAUGAUGAUGCGUGAUCAACAACCAUAGCCUUUGCCAUGUACGUCAGCAUUUGCGAGAUAAAUAUUGUUUGUGACAGUAUCUCCUAAACAAAAGUAUGACGAAAAAAAUGAUCAUUUUGUCACACUCGAUGGGAACCCAAGCCCCGAUACCCGCCCCCGCCACCGGCGAUUGGGAUCCCCACCAUCGCCGCCACACAACCUUGAACCCCUCCCCAAUCUCGCAUCCCCCACUCAAGAAUCCUUCCCGCCUACUUCGCCUUUGUCCCCAAUUGCUUCGUCGGCGAAGAAUGUGUCCCCUCCCCAAGGUAAGCGCGUCUUCUCCCCCCAUCCAUGUUCAGAUCUAAACCACAUUCUCCACAAGGCGGCAGAGCAAGAAGCUUCAGAUCUGGCUCUGCUAUAGCAUCAAAGCUACAAAUCUGUCUUGGUCUCCAUCAACGGGAGUACAAAUCUAUCAAAUCCCUUACCGGUUCUUGUCUCUUCAAACUUAGGCCUUUCAGGAAGGGCGAUUUUUUCAACUCUUUAGUGUGUACAGUGGAUGGACAGUGAGUAGAUGCUCAUAACCUAAGCCAAGCAAGCUUCCGCUUCCCCAAGACGCACCUAGAUUUUUAGUGAGGAGUAGAGCACUCAAGAAUGGCAGAGUAGUCUCUGAGUCGUCCUAUCCAGCUCCACCGCCCACACAGCUUGCUUCAGAACUAGGUUACCCACAAUGGAUGGAAGUUAAAGCUAAGUAUUGGUGGAGAAGGAAGCAAUCAGCUCAACACCCAGUUCUCUAAAGAGAAGUAUGAGUUGAGAAGAGCUCAUUUAGACAUAAAUGUCAUCAUUCUGGUCAUUGUCAAACCGUUUCUUCUCUAUGUCCGUAAGCAUGUAGGAGGCAUGGCUAAUAGUUUGAUCCAAAGUAUUGGAGAAAUCAUUAGCUGUUAGAUCUUACUCGCAUAUUAUUUUUCUCUCUUUUUGAUGGCCAUAAAUACACCCAAUAAAAUUAGUCCUGGGGCAAGAUUUCCA